AUGAUAUCAGAGCAAUAUGGAGGAUAUAUGGGAUUGGGUGUCACAUCCUUACCCGAAAGAAGACAAAUUGAAUCAUAUGAUGAUGAGCCGUUUAAAGAUGAAGAAGAGCCCAUCGAGGAAGAGGAGUUAGGUGGAGUGCUUGUGGAUAGUUCACCUUACCCAUAUUCAUCUUCCCAAGAACAUCUCGCGGAGGCCCAGGAGGAGGAUCCUACUGAGUUAGAGUCAUCCCUAGGGAUUUUUUCUCCACUACCUAUAUCCACAAUCCGACCUUAUAACACUCAUUCUUGGGGACCCAUGACUAUAAUCACGCCUAAAAAGUUUAUUCCCAUCCCUUUCUGA